CGUUUUUGGGCAAGACAGUAGUAGUUCGGAGGUGAAAUUUGGGAUUUUUUAGAUGAAGGAUUUGGUGGUUUUCCCUAUUUAUCAAAAUAUGUCAAAAAUAGGAGAACUUGUUUACUUCUGUCAUAUUCAAACUCAUUCAAUCUCAGAGUUUAUUUCAAAAUAGGAGAACUUGUUUACUUCUGUCAUACAUGAAGAUACCUUAUUACCUAAAGCAGAUCAACCUCAUGAACAGAAGUAGCUGUUCUCUAAAGCUAUAAUAUGCCAAAAGGAAAAUUUUAUACACCACACUUCGAUCCCACGUUCAUCUCACUGUGUAAGAUGUGGCACAUUUAUCUUUACUAUGAGAGUGUGGUGUAUAACAUUACUCUGGUUUGGUUUAAUUUUGGGUGGAAGAACUUAGGUGGAUCAUACUGAAAAUCUGAUUUACCUUUCUUUGAUGCCCUUAAUUUUUUUUUAUAUAAUUCUUCACUUCUGUUAACCUCUCUCAAUUAUAACAUGAAAUAAAAGGUCAUUUAAUUGAGUGUUCUCAAUGAAAUUGUCUGUAGAUUCAUAGUAGAAGCUAGUAAUGGUUGAUGUAGAUUCAUAGUCUGGAGUUUGUUCAUGCCAACACCACCACACCCCUUCCCCGUCUGUUUUCCAUGGUCGGAUGCUUAGCAUAGGAGAAUUCAGAAUUUGAAUUUGAAAGAGUAUUACUUUGAAAGAAAAAAAAAAUGUUUGGAUCCCACGGGCAGGCAUUCUUGGAGUUUCAAUGGGGAUAUCUUACUGAUUGUAUCACACGCAUUGUUGUUUGAGAAAUGAAGGAUGGCUUGGGAUUUUUCACGUAUUGGACUCGGUAAAAACAACAUUGUCCAACUCGUUAAUUGAUCAUCUUUUGAGAACUACUUUCUCUCGAGGAAAAUGACAAGAGGACUUGCUCAUGUUUUGGUGUCAACACUGCUCCUAGUGGUUUGUUUUCUAUUUUUAUGCAAGUGCUUACUUUCCACGUUUGAAUCCAAAUUAUUUAAUUGAUGAUAUCUUUAUCAUUCUUUUUUCGAUUUAAUUGGAAGGACAGGAGUGAAUUCCAUCACUAGCUCCUAUAAAACAAUAUGAUAAUUGAGAUUAUUGUUUGUUUUUUUUUUUUUUUUUUCACUCUUAUGUUGGUGUCUGACCUAAGUAUAUUUCGUUUAUUUGGCACCAUGCCUUGCCUAAAUAAAGCUUUCCCCACUAAACAACCUUCAAACAUUGACUUACAAAUUGGGGAUAAUAUUUUUUUAAAUUAUGAUUUUGUUCCUAAAUUAGACUUGUUCUUGGCAUUUGGAUCCGCCGGGAUGAGAGUAUAGGUCCAUAAUUGAUUCGGAUCUGGGCCGAGCUCAGUCUACUUAUCUGCCCCUACUAGGAAAAAAUUGAAGAAAAAUCUUGCAAAAUCUUCAGACGCUGCUCCCACCUUAUCCAAGCCAGUCCCUCUCAAAAUCAGCAUAUACCCUUUCGUGGAUCCCUGUGAUUAAUUUUCCACCUACCCAGAACCAGAACCAAGAAUCAAACAAAGACUUCCUAACCCGAAACUCCCCAGAACACUUUCUUCACGAACAAGAAGAGAAAGACAUCAAAGGAACACACACAAACUCAUCAACAUUCAUCUCUGUCAUGGCUUGUGCAACAACAACAAGACCCACGUUCUCGUUCCACCUUUCUACCUCUUUCCCUCAAUCUUCACCUCUAAAACUCAAACCCCAUUUCACCACCACCGCCCCUCCUCUUCUCCCAAAACUCUCAUUUCUUCACAAACCUAACAAACUCAGUACCCCAUUCUCCAUUGACAUCUCCAAAGAAGACACCCCCACCUCCAGCCAACAACCUGCUUCAAACCCUGAUGAACUGCAAGAAUCUCAAGAGAAGUUCGACAUGCGCCGACUCGAAGAGAAGUUUGCAGUGUUAAACACGGGUAUAUACGAGUGCAGGUCUUGUGGCCAUAAGUAUGAUGAAGCUGUGGGAGACCCUUCAUAUCCAAUACCGCCAGGUUUGCAGUUUGAUAAGCUGCCCGAGGAUUGGAGGUGCCCAACUUGUGGGGCAGCCAAGAGCUUCUUCGAAAGUAAGAGUGUGGAGAUUGCAGGGUUUGCGCAGAAUCAACAGUAUGGGCUUGGAGGGAAUGCACUGACUUCUGGGCAGAAGGCUGUGAUUAUAUAUGGGAGCUUGUUGCUUUUCUUUGUCUUGUUCUUGUCAGGGUACUGGCUGCAAUAGGUUGGAAUUGGGGGGAGGGGGAAAAUGGGAUAUAAUUAAGAGAUUUUGUAGCACUCUCUCUUUUCCUUUUUCUUUUACCGAUUAUAAAUAAUAUUGGUUAUGUUCAUGUAUAUUGGAUGUGUAUUACUGAUUGGGAAAUGUUAUACUUCAGGGGAAUUGAUUAAUUCCAAAAGGUAUAUUUUGUUUUA